CGCAGAGAGCUCGUUUUCCCGACUGGACCAACUUCGCGGCCGUUCCCAUCGUUGGGCUCUUCUACCUCGCUCACGUCCGAUAUCGGCGGUUUUCUCCUCGUCGGCUGCCUACUCUCACCUCGAUGAGCGUGAAGGAAGUAUACACCUAUUUAGCGGCAACUGAAGUCGUCCAAGGAGUCAACAUAGAGCUCCAAGUUGAAGCUAUGCGCGAUCCUGAUAUCUGCCUGAUUGAAACGGUAGCGCGGGUGUUCCGGCAGCACUUCAUCAAACCCCCGGUGGAGGAUGCAGACCGUUUCCUUGAGGUUGGAGGCAGAGAUGCGCUGAAGAAGAUACGUGCCAGGACCUACGAGAGUGCAACGGGAGUGUUGGGAAAGCUGGCCUGGUGGCACAACCACAUUUGGUCGAGCGAAGAAACUUGGCUGAGGUCAGCGGCUUUCUGGGAAAUCGAGUUCGGGGAGGUCUUCGACUUUGGCUCUAUCGCCGACUGGGACCGUUGGCUCACCCACCUCGCAAAUAUCACGCAGUCCGAACCCGAAGGGGAAAAUGCUCUGUUGUAUCAUUAUGCGGACUAUAGGGUGACGGCCCUGACACCCUUCGCGGUCUCGAUCCCGCUCGCCAUGGCAGCACGCUGGACAGGGCGGCGUUCUCUCUUCCGACCGAUCAAUGGAGUGCAGCGGCUGCUCCUGUGGGCGUCGAUAUAUCCCAGCUUCAUGAAGCACUAUCAACACUACACGUACAUUCGUGGAUUUGAGAACAAACAUCAAUACGCACAAGACCUUCGCAAGGCUUUCAACGUAGACUCGGAAGGCAAUACCCUAGCUUCAUGAGGGCAGGUUGCAGAUCAAAGGGUCGACGGUGUCCCCUCAGCGCCACUGCCAUAUUCCAUGCCCCCAGCGCCACUCCAUAACUCGAAUCUACCCCUGCUCAGUCAGAUUGUUCGGCCACCACUGCUCCGAUACAUUUCGUGUACUCCCUCAUAUACCAC